AUGAAAGGUCGUGAAGUAUGCAGUUUAGUUAAAUCAACACAAGGAAAUCCAAAGAUUAUUAAAAAGUAUACUUGCAAAGGAAGAGCUAUAACGGAUUUAGAGGAUGAAGGUCAUGCAUUGAACAACUUAACCAUGCACCCGAAGCAAGCCGAACCAAAACACUUGAUAUAA